GGGCUGGUGAUUGCGCUGGUGGUUGUCCUUGCUGGCGGCAUCGCCGGCGGCGUGGCGGGAGGUUUGGCGGCGCAAAAGGCUACUAGCUCAGCCGUGUCAGUGUAAGUUCACCUGUCCCUCCAACUCACGUAGGGAAGAUGAGAGGACGUGGUCACUGAAUCCCAACGUCCAAACAGAGACCCGUCAUCAACAGCCUCAGCAACAGCAGGCUCGCAAUCGGCGCCUACGGCCUCAAGCGCAAGCUCAGGCGCAGGCAUACAGUCUUCCAGUUCAACAGCGACUUCAUCCACCACGCGCUCGAUCCCGACGGGCAUCCGCUCCGCCCCGACGGACGGUGGCUGCCCGAGCAUCAACACGACGACCUACACGCCCACCGACGCCGGCGGCAACGCGAUGAAAAUUGGUUCCGGGUACUCAACGCAGACCUUCCGUCAGCUCUGCGAGGUGAAUUACCCGUCGGGCGCGGCGUACGGCAACCCAGCGCUGUAUGAUAUCCUCAAGGUGUAUGUUUCGACGUUUGAGGAGUGUAUGGCGCUGUGUGCGGCUCAUAACCAGGCGUAUGGGAGUAAUCUUGCCAGCGGGGAUGUCAAGGCGGGCGGGUAUUGUCGGUCUGUUGCUAUGAUUAAGUUGCCGGGAGAGUAUUGUUAUUUGAAGAAUGGUACUGGCAAGAUGGACACCCAGGGGCACGCCAAGGAUUUUGUUACUGGUGUUGUUGUUUCUGGGCUGCCGGAUGCGUAGGUUGUUGAGUAUGCGGGGAAUGGAAUGCCUGGGACCUUUGGGUUAGGGGAAAGCCCUGAAUAAUGAUGUGUACCCAACGGCCGUGGU